AUGUCGUUUUUCGGCUUCGAGAGCAGCCACCACAAUCCGGCGGCUGCCGGUUUUUCGCAAGCUCACGAUCCGUUUGCCGGGUUGGCCAACCGUGAUGAAGAUGGCGAGGUGCUCGAAUUUGACGACACCUACGAUGGCUUGGGAGACCAGCUGGAGGAGACGGGCGACGAGCUCAACGAUGACACUUUUGGCGAUACAGCUGUUGGCAAGGACUUCGACUUCUUCGGCCAAACCGCCAAGGUUUCAACGGCUAUUGAGGAAGAACAGGCUCGCUUCAAUCGCAUCAAGCCGCCAACCAAGGCUUCGCAGCCGACGACCCAGCCCACUUCGAAGCCCUCGACGGCCUUUUACUCUUCUACACAAGCCACGUCUUCGUAUACCUAUUCUUCGCAAACCGCCUCUUCUAAACCCCUGCGAACAGGCUACGAAAAGUACAAGAGUGAGCCGGUUGCCGAGCUUCAGGUCGAUCCAACCCUGUGGGGUGUCGCACCAAAGAAGCAGUCUCAGGCGUCUACUACUCCUGCUGUUUCUGCCUCUGCCUCUUCGAUUCCCCCAAACAAGAAGGUUCUGAGUGUUGAGGAGGUCGAAGCACAGCUGCGGGCGCAGGCAAAGAAUAAAGCUCAGCAGGCUGCUGCCUCGCCAGCACCACAACCAGCUCCUGGUCCAGCUACACCUACGCCGGUUCAAGCCCCCAUGCAACACAUGGGACAGUAUCCUCCUGGUUAUCAGUUCCCUCAGCAUGGCCAGCCUCAGCUUUCGGUACAACAAGAUCAAGUCUUUCCUGGCCAAGCCCACCCUGUUACCAUCUUGCAGAGGCCGCAGUCCAAGCCAGCUCCUUCUCCUCAGCCCAUAGGCCAGCCGCCUGCCCAACUCCGUCAACAACCUUCGGCGCCUGUUCAACCUACCCAUAUCUUGCAGAAUCCUAACCGUUUGUCAGGGGAUGGUGCUAAACUCGGCAUCCCCCAGCAGCCUACCUCUUCAGUUCCUGGCAACUACCCAGCUCAUCAGAAUCAUCGACAGCAAAGCUCAUUGCCCCGGCAACCACCCAUUAUCACCCACCCGUCCCAGUUGGCACAGCUUACCGAUGAAGAAAAGGCUGCGUAUUUGGAACAGGAAGCCAGACGUGCUAAGCGGAAUCACAAGAUCUUCCUCAUGUCCCGCGAUAACGGCCUGAUGACACCCCAGGACAAGAGUUUUGUGACCCGCAUUCAACUUCAGCAGCUUGUCGCCGCUACUGGUAACCCCAACGAGCACGGGACUGAUGAAGCGCUUGCCGAGGACUUCUACUACCAGGUUCACACGCAAAUUCAGGGUGGUCAUCGUCAGCAUCCAAGUCAGCCUUUGAACAACUUUGCCCAGACGUACUUGUACCAAACUGGUGCUCGCCAGGGAGGUCGUCGCCAUCGCGGUCCCGAGAAUCACUUGCAGCGGAUGGAGCAACAAGUCCAGCGAGCCGUUGAAGCGGCCAAAACCAAACCAAAGAAUAAGCAGCUGGUUAUUGAGGGCAGCUUAGGGAAGAUUUCGUUCAGCAACGCCAAGACUCCGAAGCCCUUGCUUAAUAUCAAGCGCCCAGAGAAUGGUGGUGAUGCCAAUCGUCCCGCCAGCGCCCACAAGCAGGUCCCCCAGAGUGGUGAUCGAAAGAGCGAGUUGCGCUCUCUGGAGCUCAUCUACACAACCUUGAUGAAGAUGGAGGAUCACGAUCGGACCAUGCCUUCUCCCCCCGCCAAUGAAGCGGAUAGCGAGGCCAUUCAGCAAUUUGUCACUUGGAACAGUGAGGCUCAGAUUCUCAACACCAAGUUAUGGAACCUUCUCCGCGUUCAUGAUCACCCAGAGAAUGGCGUCAUUCACCCAUUCAUUGCUCUUCUGUCCUACAGCAAGGGCAAGAAGGCUAUGCCACGCGUAUUCCGUCAUCUUACCCAGGAACAGCGUACGACCAUCCUCACUCUCAUAAUUUUGAACCUGGAUAAUCUGGACGUUGUUCGUGGUGCUCAAGUCUCUUCUGGAAAUAUGCAGCUGAAUGCGGCCAUGCGGGAGAACGUUGAACUUUUCUCGGUAGCGGUCAUGUCGACGCUCUUCAACGUUCUUAAUGAACUCGAUCUCGACCUUGUUGCCGGUGUGCUUGGCCUCGUUUGCACUCGAAAUGUUGAUGUCAUUGCCAAGAGUAGAAUUGGCGCGUCGAUGCUGACGAUGAUUCUCAGCCGGGCUGAGAUUAUCAAGCACAGCGGUGCCGGGAGUGAGCAGGCCUGGCGUUCAUGGGACUCGACGUACACGAAGUUUUUUGACUUGAUUGAGCCAUCACUCCCCUACAUUUUCCCUGGCUCUGUCACUGCCAGUGACGAUGUUUACGUUUGGCAGCUUCUGGCCGCCCUCGGCAUUGGGGCUAGCCUUGAUCAACAACAGAGGCUCGUCCUUGCUGUCAAGGACCGUGUCAUGGACACAGUUGCUCUUUCCAAGACUCUCCCUCCAGACCUGGCCGCCCAGCGUCUGCAGAACGUCAACCUUUUCAUGCGUUCCAUUGGCUUAGAUGUUGAGUUGCUCCAGUAA